AUGGUCGCCGAACUACCCUAUGCCCUCGAUGCGGAGACGCCUCUGAACCCCUCAGAACUCAAUGUUCUGCGCGCCCAGUACGAAAAGGAGGGUGACAUGGUCGGCGUCCAGACGAAAUUUAACUACGCCUGGGGCCUCGUAAAGUCCAACAACCGCGGCGACCAGCAGCUCGGCGUCCGCCUCCUCUCGGAAAUCUUCCGCCUCUCGCCCGAGCGCCGCCGCGAGUGCCUCUACUACCUCGCCCUCGGCAACUACAAGCUCGGCAACUACGGCGAAGCCCGCCGCUACAACGACCUCCUCCUCGAUAAGGAGCCCGCCAACCUCCAGGCCUCGGACCUGCGCCAGCUCAUCGACGCCAAGGUCGCCCGCGAGGGCCUCGUUGGCGUCGCCAUCCUCAGUGGCGUCAGCAUCGCCGCCGGAGUUGUCGGCGCCUUUUUCUUCAGGAAUGCCCGGCGGACGUAG